AUGCACAGCCACCCAGAGGCAUCCGGGUGGUCGUCUGAGGAGGAGCAUAGGACAAGGCCGGGUUCCGGUUGGUCGAGCGAUGAGGACAAGCCUGCGAGUGGGUACGGACACCACAGAGGGUGGUCGUCUCAGGACAAAGGCAAGCCCCCCAUGCAUCCUAUUGAUGAAGGGAGAGCGCCCGAGCGACCGCCGAGCUGGUCUGUGCCUGACGAUGAGCGAGCCCCUCAGCAGCAACACACCGGCUGGUCCAUUGAGGAUGAGGAAGAGCAGAGGACUGGCCACCACACUGGCUGGUCCAUGUCCGACAUGGGGAAAGGCGAGCACCACACUGCUUGGUCCAUGGCGGAAGAGGUGCCCCCGACAAAUGUCACGGGCUGGGAUGGGGGGAGUGGCAACCCCCCGAGCCACAAUGGCUGGCCCAUGAUGGAUGAGCGGGUGCCUGUCGGUCCGCGUGGAGGUGAGCAGUGGCGUUCCAACGAUCAGGCUAGGCCUGAGGCGCAGAGCAUGGGGAACCCGAUCCCCCAGGAGCAGAGGUCUGAGUACAUUUCACCCGCACCGAGGGAUGUGAGGCCCGCGGCAUGGGAGUACGAGGGCCGUCGCGGCAAGCCAAGUGCCAGUCACAAGCAGCUGUUGGGCCCACAGGGCAGGGAGGUGCAGGAGCAGCCGGAGCACUCUGGCUGGUCCUUCGAGGCAGCUCCCAACCCCAGCGUGGGCAGACAGGACCUGACGCCUGGCAGGCAGGACAGGCUCCUGAGCGAGAGCGGCGCGGGGCUCAUGCGCGGUGACGAGGAACGGGUCCGAGGGGGUGAACGUUCUGCUGGGCUGUUAUCAUGUAUUUUUGGUUUGGGCUGUUUGAAGGGUAGCAGUAGCAAGAGAAGGACGUGA